CAUAUUUUGAUUACUUUGAGAUCCUUUCCUAUUCUUUCUUUGUAUUAUUUCCUUGGAUUGCUCUUUUGACUUGCUCUCGACUGUUGCUGGCUUCUCGACCGUUGCUGACUUGUGCUCUUUCUUUGCUGUCUCAUGGUACAUUUUAUUUUCUCUGAAUCCUCAGUAACUGAUGUUUGACAGGUAUGGAUGAUGAAGAUGACAGUAGUUUGACUCUCCAUGAGGUGCUGGAUGACAAAUUGAGGGUUCGAUAUUUUAAGGGAUACCUUGCAGCAGUUGCUCAAGCUAUCAAGCCAGCCCCCUCUUGAUCUUCUUAAUAGAUACAAGGGUGUUAUUUACUCAUAUUUUCUUUAAAAGCAAUGUUAAAUCACAUCAUAAUCGUAUUUGAGCAUUCUUGAUCUCAUGCCAAGUAAGCUAUGCUAUGUUGGUUUUUACUGGAUGAUUUACUAUUGCUAAUGCCUUCUCAUUUGGUUUGCCAAUGAUGACCGGUUAGAUUAGACAUAAAAACAGCAAAUGAAAUAAAGGGUGAUUAUAUCA